AUGUCAGUAACACAGCUUAUUCAUUCACUCAUUCACUCAACCACUCACUCACACCCUUUCACUGUUGUCACCAACAGACUGAAUGACAUCAUCCUGAGAGUCAACAACGUGGAUGUCAGCAACACCACUCACGCUGCUGCUGUGGACGCUCUCAAACACGCUGGCAGGAAAGUUGUUUUGUACGCGAAGCGUUUGAAGACUCCCUCAGAGACUGUUAUGGAGGUAGAGCUGGUGAAAGGCAACAAGGGCUUGGGUUUCAGCAUCGCGGGAGGCAAGGGCAACCAGCACAUCCCCGGUGACAACGGCAUCUUCAUCACCAAGAUCAUCGAUGGAGGAGCUGCAGAGCAGGACGGCAGGCUGGCUGUUAUGGACAGGCUAAUUGCUGUGAAUGAGCACAACCUGGAGAAUGUCACGCACGAGGAAGCCGUGCAGGCGCUGAAGAGUACAAAGGAUGUAGUCAGGCUGAUCAUUGCCAAGCCUGCCUACCUUCCAGAGCAGCUGAAUGAGUCCAUAGGCAGCCUCUCCCAUUCCACCUCCCACGGGGCCUCCACCUUCCGACCGUCCACACCCACAGCACCAAAGUCUAAUGCUUCUGAUGAUGAGGAGUUUCCAGCGGAGCCACGCAAGAUCGUAUUGAAGAAAGGGUCAACUGGACUAGGGUUCAACAUUGUGGGAGGCGAGGAUGGUGAAGGGAUCUUUGUGUCCUUCAUCCUGGCUGGAGGACCUGCCGACCUCUCAGGGGAGUUACGCCGUGGAGACCAGAUCCUUUCUGUAAAUGGAACCGAUUUAAGGCAUGCAACACACGAGGAGGCUGCACAGACCCUCAAACGAGCUGGGGACACUGUGGAAAUCGUGGCCCAGUACAGGCCAGAAGAUUACAACCGGUUUGAAGCCAAGAUCCAGGAUCUCAGGGAACAGAUGAUGAACACAAGUACAGGCAGCCUGAGAACCACGCAGAAGAAGACACUGUUUGUAAGAGCCCUGUUUGACUACGAUCCCAGCAAAGAUUCGGGUCUCCCUAGCAAAGGUCUGGCCUUCCAUUAUGGUGACAUUCUUCAUGUGACGAACGCCAGUGACGACGAGUGGUGGCAAGCCAAAAGAGUGACGACAGAGCGGGAUGACGAGAGUGUGGGAAUUAUUCCUAGUAAACAGCGGGUUGAGAGGAAAGAGCGAGCACGGUUGAAAAAUGUCAAGUUCACGGGCAAGAACAGUAGCAACACAGACAAGGCACCUUCCAUCUCAUCAUCAGCGGCAGCAAAUGACAGGAAGAAGAAGAACUUUUUGUUCACACGUCGUUUUCCAUUCAUGAAGAGCCGGGACCAAAGCGGAAGUGAAGAUGUUAGUGCUGAUGAAC